UAUUUUCAAUAUAAGAUGGCGUCAGCCUUGAUUGUUGAUGUUUGUGAAGUCUCGUGAACUGCUGAGAAUAGUUUGGAGAGGGAUUUUUAUUUUCUCGAUAUAAUAAUAGUGAGGAGUAGAGCGUUUUUGUCGGCUUUUGGAGACGAAUCGAAUUAAUUGAAGAUGAAAGCUGCACCUCAUCAACGACUGGUGAUGGUUGGGGAUCGGGAUGGGUUGAAAGAACUCUUACGCAGACGAUUGGUCGAGUGUGGAUGGAGAGAUCAAGUGAAGAUCAUUUGCAAAGACCUGAUCAAGGAGAAUGGCCACGACAUCACUUACGACAUACUGUUAGCAACAGUCACCUCCACAGCGAGGAGUCUAGUGCCGGACUCAGUGAAGAAAGAAUUGCUGCAGAAAAUUAAAAAUCAGCUGCUUGCUCAAGAGGAGAAGCUUAAGAUGUAAUUUGCCCGAUCAUGUGUAACUUAAUUAACGUAUUAUGUACUACCGUUUAUUCCUUGAAUGGAGAUUAUUGUUCGCCUCGUUCAAUUGUGCUGUAUAAAGAUGACGUGUAAGCAAACGACUGACUGAUAAAUAGUAAUGUUUUUUUACUUAU